AUGGAUUCUGGCACAUGGAAGCAUAUUUCAGGUCUCAAAAUCAAAGCUUUGAAUUGUAUAAGAAAGGCUAUUGGUAAUGGUGAGUCUACUUCACUCUGGUUUGAUCCAUGGCUUCAUGAAGGCAGAAUUAUUGAGUUAGUUCAGCAUCUUUCACCUCAACUCACUGGCACAGAGAAUUGGACAGUUUCAAGCAUCAUUCAAAAUUCUCAAUGGAAUAUAACGUUGCCUUGUCUUAUGCCUCUGGUGAAUGCAAUAUCUGAAAUCCAAAUUUCUGGGAAAAAAGAUCAAUGGUUUUGGCUUCCUGCUGUUAGUGGUACUUUCUCCUUUGCGUCAGCAUGGGAUCAAGUUAGGACUCCCUUCGCUUUGUUUGAGCUUUACAAUGUGGUUUGGUUCCCUUCAUCAGUUCCUAAAAUGGCCUGCUGCUUGAUGAAAGGUCUAUAUAAUAGACUGGCUUCUAGAGACAGGCUUUCAAAAUUUGGGAUUUCUUCACUUGAAGAAUGUGUUCUUUGUACUGGUGAAAAGGAAACUAGAGACCAUCUUUUCUUUCAAUGCCCAUAUACAGAUAUUCAAGACCUUAGAACUGAAGCGACGCAUAUUCAACAGAAAUUCAAGGAGAAGAGAGAGGCUCUGGCGACGGAAAGCCGAUGGAGUCUAAUCCUCCGGGCGGAGAGGGCGUGGACUUCGUGGAUCGUGCCGAUGAUCGUCGUUGCCAACGUCAUCGUCUUCGUCGUCGUCAUGGGCUUCAACAACUGCCCCUCACACGUUAGCACGGACCGCUUUGGUUCGUCUUGUGUUGCUGGAUUCCUUCAUAGAUUCUCUUUCCAGCCUCUCAGAGAGAAUCCCCUCUUUGGCCCUUCGUCAUCCACGUUGGAGAGAUUGGGAGCUCUUAAAUGGGACAAAGUAGUCUAUCAACAUCAAGGAUGGAGGCUUAUUACAUGUAUCUGGUUGCAUGCAGGAGUCAUACAUCUGAUAGCAAAUAUGCUAAGCUUGGUUUUCAUUGGAAUCCGUCUUGAGCAACAAUUUGGGUUUAUUCGGAUUGGCUUAAUAUACCUUAUUGCUGGAUUCGGUGGAAGUGUCCUUUCAUCUCUGUUUAUAAGGAACAGUAUUUCUGUUGGUGCCUCAGGUGCAUUGUUCGGACUUCUUGGAGCAAUGUUGUCUGAACUCUUUACAAACUGGACAAUCUAUACCAACAAGGCUGCAGCAAUACUGACUCUUUUAAUCAUCAUUGUGAUCAACUUGGCUAUUGGAAUAUUGCCACAUGUUGACAACUUUGCACAUAUUGGAGGGUUCUUAACAGGACUCCUCCUAGGCUUUGUUUUGUUGAUGAGACCACAAUUUGGUUGGAUUGAACGGAGAUACCUUCCUCAGGCAAGUCAGGUUAAUUCAAAGUACAAAGCACACCAGUAUGUCCUGUUCAUAUUUGCGCUUCUGCUGCUGAUAGUUGGAUUUGCUGUUGGUUUGGUAAUGCUAUUUCGAGGAGAGAAUGGGUAUGAUCAUUGCCACUGGUGUCAUUAUCUUAGUUGUGUACCCACCUCAAGUUGGAGUUGCGGAACCUAAAGAGUUCUCUGAACUUCUUGUCGGACAUGAAAGAGAGAGUAUCAAUGUGUUUCCUCGAGUACUUUUAGAAUGUUGUUGUGCUUUAGUUAUUUGUUGUUAAUUUAAAUUCACUUGUAAAUAUGUAGGUAUGUCAAUUUUUUUUUUGUGUUAUAAGUCAGCUGAGGCAUUUGUAUUACUGGAAAGCAUUCUUUUAUAUGUUUAUAUAUGUUGCGUUGCCCAUUUUUUUUC